AUAUUUAUCUUAAUGUUGCGUUCGGAACUCCUUGUCUUGCUCGUCCAGACGAAUUAUCAGGAACAGCAUGACAACGAGGCCGCAUUCGGAACCUACGAGGCCUUCAUUCCCCACAAUUCAACCAGCUCGAAAGUAAACAUACACUAUUUUAUCAUAUCAGUGUCUUUAUUUUACACUCUGCGUAGGUUUUGUAACUCCUUUAAUGCACAAAUAACCUACUUACACGUGACAAAUACAAGAAUACCGUUUGUUAACAACAAUAAAGGGCCAUAAAAUUGCCUAUUAAUAUCUUAAUGUUGCCUGCAACUGUCAUUGUUUACAUACAAUUGCUAUUGUGAUGCCUUUUCGGCCGACUGAGAACCGGGCGAGAUGGACGAGACAACUUGUCCAGGACGCGGAAAGCAGGGGUUCCGAACGGUCAAACCAUCUUGUCCACACUGUUAGACGAGGAGUUCCGAACGAAGCAUUAUAUAUAUUGUCCAGCACUAGGCUUACAAGUCAGGAAUCAUGCUCAUGUUCCUUCACAUUUACCAUCCUCUGCUUAGCUGAAUAUGUCAAAUACCAGUCAAGAAGUACCCACUAGAUUUCAAUUGAUCUUAAAACUUCAUAUAGCAGAAUCUAUACCGAAAAAUAUAUCUUGACAUUCGACAUUGGCUGUGUUAGUAAAUAAUGUACGCGUCGUCUGCCAGACCGUUGCGUUUGUGCACCACACUAAAAAUACAGUAUCGCGCUAUAGGCCGUUCCGUUCAAAUUGUGCGCUUCCUAGAGCUACGAAGUGCCCAUCGGAACGCAGGGCUGGUAGCUGCAACGACGGAAGUUGUGACUGUGGCGUCAACACGAUCAGAGUUCGAGACUUUGAUAUCAACUGUAGUUUCUUGGACGACCAGCAUUACUACCGAGGUCGUCCCUUACGUGUCCACAAUGACAGUCACAAGCACAUACCAUGAUAUCGUCCAGGUCGUGGAGUCGGUUCAGUCCAGCUUGCGAACACCUGAUAUACACACUUGUAUUUUUGUUUUGCAUACAUAUCAAAGAGUAGAAAACACGUACAACAAAAGAACACCUGUACUCCCGCGCAUACAACAACGGCCGACGUAUUGCCAUUUAUCCCUUGAUGGUAUAUUUUCCUCUACCAGGUGAUUGAAGUGUGGCAGACCGUGGUGUGGCAGACGGCUAAGCAAAUCAUGUUCCUGCAGGAGAUGCUGACGGGACAGGAACUUACUGUAACAGU